AAAUUACAUUCACAUGACGAGGCAGUGAGCAGAUGCAUAAAAGCUCGCAUCAGGAAAUAAAACUUCCUCUUUUUAGGCGUGAAGAUCUAAGCGUGCUCAAACCGGGUGAACUUGUCUUUCUGGGCGAAGUCAUUCUGCAACAAGUAUGCACACUUUGUGUGCUGUGUUGCUUUUGGCCUUCGUGGUCCUCGCCUGUUCUUCGCCCGCUGUGAACAAAUUGUGGGAAGAGUGGAAAACCAAACAUGGAAAAGUUUAUGAUAAUCAGACCGAGAUCGACUUCAGGAGGGCAGUAUGGGAGAAGAACGUACACUUGGUGUUGAGACACAAUCAGGAAGCCUCGGCAGGGAAGCACAGCUUCACGCUGGGACUGAACCACCUGGCUGACAUGACAGCUGAGGAAAUCAAUGAGAAUCUGAACGGCUUGAAGCUGGAGGAGACCGUUAAUUUCACAAAUGGCACUUUUAAGGACGUGAGUGACUCACCGUUACCUGCGAAUGUGGACUGGAGGAAAGAGGGCCUGGUGGGUCCUGUCAGAAACCAGGGUUUGUGUGGGUCAUGCUGGGCCUUCAGCUCUUUGGGAGCUCUCGAGGGCCAACUGAAGAAGCACACUGGUACACUUGUUUCCCUGAGUCCGCAGAACUUGGUGGAUUGCAGCACUCAGGACGGAAACCUGGGUUGCAGAGGAGGCUACAUCACGAAAGCCUACAGCUACGUCAUUCGCAACGGAGGUGUUGACUCGGAGAGCUUUUAUCCCUACGAACACAAGAAUGGGAAAUGCCGCUAUUCUGUCCAGGGACGGGCUGGCUACUGUUCCAAAUUCAGCGUCCUUCCAGAAGGAGAUGAGAAGAUGCUGCAGAAAGUUUUGGCAUCAGUGGGGCCGAUCUCCGUGGCCGUGAAUGCCAUGCUGGAAUCUUUUCAUAUGUACAGUGGAGGUUUAUACAACGUACCAAGCUGCAACCCAAAGCUGAUCAAUCAUGCUGUGUUGCUCGUGGGCUAUGGCACAGAUGGAGGACAAGACUACUGGCUGGUGAAAAAUAGCUGGGGAACUGCAUGGGGAGAAGGAGGCUACAUUCGGCUUGCCCGGAACAAGAAUAAUCUCUGCGGCAUCGCCAGCUUUCCAGUCUACCCUACAGUGUGAAAAUAUGGCCCACUAACUCAACUUAGUUUAUUUAAAUUAUUAUUAAAGACCAGUCAGUGUCACUGUGUUUUAUUUCACAUCAGCGCUAAAGAUGCUUAAAGUCCAACCAACUGAAAUAACUUUUCAUCUGAUAAAAAAAAAAAACAAUAUCACUGUACUUUAAAUGUCUGACUACAUACUCACACAUGUCUGAGACUGAAAUAUUUCAGCUCUCAUUCAGUAGUGUUGUUUCUACAUUGUACUCUAUGUAUUUAUUUACUUUCUGCAUGUUAAACCUCACAGAUUUAAUAAUAGUGACAACGACAAGUGAAAAAAUUGAAAGAUUCAUAACAUUUUGUGCCAUGUAAAAAUACUUUAUGCACAUUCGCUUAUUUGUACAUUUCUAAGCACAAAUUUACACUCAAUAACAAUAAAGAUUUUGUCAACUGA